AUGCGGAAGGUCAUCGUUCUAGGCCGGUUGGCACCGGAAAAUACGUUCAGAAUAGGGCAGAGAGGCCCCGAUAUUAAAGAGGGAGAUACCAUUGAAAUCAAGGAACCUCAAAUGCAACACGCCCCUACGUUUCUGCGGCGACUUGUCAUGGGCACACCGUCAAUUGAUAUCCAAAUUCUGGCCGUCAAUGGUUCGUCGGGCUCUGAGAGAUUUAUCCGCUCCCUAGAUUCAUACCCACAGGAAUACGUAGGCAGGGAUGCGUUUGUUGGUUUCAUUUCAUGGAAUGGAAUGCUAAAUGGCACCCGUGUUCCCGAAGGCUCUUACAGAAUACGUGCUAGAGCGCUUAGAAUGUUCGGUGAUAGAAAGAACGAAAGUGACUGGGAAACUAUCACUUCGCCAACGUUCAAUAUUCGGUCCAUUCUCACGGUCCUUUUUCCAAUAUUUGCAUCCUAUAAGGCCCUUCGCACGUCUAAUGUGUCACAAAUUGCGCCAUGGCUGAUGUACUGGGUGGUAUUCUCUGUUGUAAUGUUGGUUGAAUCAUGGACCUUCUUUAUUAUAGGAUGGUGGAUAAUUGAGAAAAGGUUUCCGUUCUACAGUUGGAUCCGCCUCUUCGCGCUUUCGUAUCUCGUACUUCCCCAGACGCAAGGUGCAAAGAUGCUAUAUCUUGAAUAUUUCGAUCCUUUUCUACUUCAACAUGAACGUCAGAUAGAGGAAUUCAUUGGCCAAGCACAUGAUCGUGCCAGAUCUGCCGGUCUCAAUUAUUUGUACCAAGCAAUUGAUCUAAUUCGAGAAAAGGUACUCGGUCUACCGCCAACUUGGACGGCUCAGGCUGCGCCCUCACAGCCUGCUGCUACUGGCCCUGCUGCAUAUGCGCAGUCUUUAUUCUCCCGGUUUAAUUUACCUGGUGGUGGUACUGGCGCAAGUGUUGCUAGCCCGGGAUCGGAUAUCUUUUCCAUGCUUAGCUCCGCCGUGACGGCCGUAGCGCCCACGGGUAAGCCGCGCGAUUCUCAAGCCUCAGAUCUAAAUGCUGCGGGCUUGUUGCCCAGAAAUCUCGCUUCAGCAUCAAAGACUGAGCGGGCAGAAUAUAUUAACUCCCAGAAGGAUAAACUUCGAAUUCUUCUGUCUGCUCUCGAUCAAGAACAACGAAGUCUUGGGGUGGACAGCCGAGGAGACGAUGGUUUGGCAUACGGAAGUAGCUAUGAUUUUGAUGCCAGGGGGUUGAAGAAGAACCAAAGCGAAAAUUCGUUUGAGAACAUUCGCCAUGAAGACCUGGGCGCAUCCUCCGCCUUUGAUAACAGAGAUAGAGAUGCUGAGAGGCGGCGAUCUGGAAGGUGA